UUUGCUUUCUCCACGGACAGGCUCACUGUCACCUGAUCUGGGACAUCGCCGAGCCCAGGAGAGCGAAGCGGGAAAGCCUCCAGGGCGACCGCUGCCACCAUGUGCUACGGGAAAUGCGCAAGAUGCAUCGGACACUCUCUGGUGUGGUUUGCCGUCCUCUGUAUUGUGGCUAAUAUCCUGCUUUACUUUCCCAACGGGGAAACAAAGUAUGCCUCCGAAAACCACCUCAGCCGCUUUGUCUGGUUUUUUUCCGGCAUCCUAGGAGGGGGCUUGCUGAUGCUCCUGCCAGCAUUUGUGUUCAUUGGGCUGGAGGAAGAUGAUUGCUGCGGGUGUUGUGGUCAUGACAACUGUGGCAAGAGAUGUGCGAUGCUUUCUUCUGUACUGGCUGCUCUUAUUGGCAUCGCAGGAUCUGGCUACUGUGUCAUUGUGGCAGCCCUGGGCUUGGCAGAAGGACCAAACUGUAGUGAUUCCCAGGGCGAGUGGAACUACACCUUUGCCAGGACUGAGGGACAUUACCUUCUAGAUCCCUCUACAUGGUCCCAGUGCCAUGAGCCCAAGCAUAUUGUGGAAUGGAAUGUAACUCUGUUUUCUAUCCUCUUGGCUCUUGGUGGAAUUGAAUUCAUCUUAUGUCUCACUCAAGUAAUAAAUGGAGUGCUUGGAGGCAUAUGCGGGUAUUGCUGCUCUCACCAACAGCAAUAUGACUGCUAAAGGAACCACAAGACAGAACCUCAAGCUUCUUUUAUUUCAUUGUAAUUUAUAUAUUUUACUUGUAUUAUUAUAAAACUUUGUACCAGUGUAUCACAAUCUACAUACCCUGCUUUUAUAAACAAAUAUAGUGGCAUCUUCCUAUGUCAGUGUUUAAACUUAAAAAAAAAAACAAACCAACAACUCUGUUUUAAGGAAUGAGACAACAAACUGUUCUGGGGGUAACUUACAGACUGAAUGACUGUUCUCAGUAUAUCCGAGAUAAACUCUUCAGUAUUUAAGAUUAAAAAAAAACCUACAUACUAUUGUACAUAUAUGUAUGUAUUUUUUAAAUGAAAGAUGUCUGGUUGCCUUUUUGAAGACCAAGAAGGAUCAAAAUUCUGAACUGAUGUUUUUCACUGUUUAUAUGAUGUUUCCCAUCUGUAUGUCUACAAAUCUCUAACAAGAGACUUUUUGAAGGAAGAGUCAAACACGUGCCUGGGUUUGGACAUCUAGUCAAGACAGCUUCAACUCAAACAAAUAAGUGGAACUAUGUAGUGUUGUUAAUGGCUAUGAACAGUGCAGGCUGUUAAACUUUUGUAACAUGUAGAAAGCCCUUUGCGCUUCAAAGAUAAGGACUAUGUAUGUAAAAAGAGAAAGACCAGGAUAAUCGGAGAAGGAAGAUGGGAGAUGGAAUAAAGCAGUUGAUCACCGUCAUGGAAUGGGGGAGGAGGAAUAAGAUCAGGAGGACCACAAGGAAACACCUCCCAAACUCCCCUGUUUACUUCAAAAUAAAGUAUUCAUCACCA